GCGAAGGGAGACGGAGCUGCCUCUCUUUUUCUCACUCAUCCCUCCCUCUCUCUUUCGCUCCAUUUCUCCACUCACACGCUCUCCACCUCUUUCUCCUUCCAACUAUUCACAAACAACCUUCUUCGUCACCGGUCCUUAUUCUUUUCUCUUAUUUUUUAAAAAAAAUUUAAAAUGUAUGAUCUAUCAACCUUCUUCCAACCAGAGAUGGUACGUCCGAUUUCGAGAUGCCGGACCUCCUAACUCGCGACGACUUGACUCCAGCUGUAUGUCAACAUUUUUGGACGUUUAUCACCCUGACAACGAUGUAGGCGCAAACGAGAAAAAAAGCAGACGAGGAUGCUUUCUUUUCUUUUUUUUGUUUUUCUUUUGGAAAAAAAAUGUCUUUUAAUUGCCCUGGGAGAAGAAAUGAAGGCAAAGUUUAGGGGUUCGUUUACAGGCUUCCGGUGCACCUGUCCACCUUCAGAUUAACCCUUGCACCCCCCCCCCCCCCCCCCAAUAUUUUUUAUAUUAUCACAAAUUGGCGCGAGUUAAGUUUUUUUUUUGCGUUGCUGGAGGAAUUGACAUGUGCGCCACCGCGGUGGAUACGUCUUAAAUGAUGUUGGCAUCACUACAAGACGGAGAAAAGUCGGUCACUUGAGUGUCAUUUUAACCAUUGACGACUUUGUUGAACCCGAAUCGAAAUGAUAGGAUACCCGGCGGACUGAUUUUUAUUUUUUUUGCAAUUGAGAAGGAGAACAUGUGGAUAAAACGGAGUGGCGCCUGCAGCAGUCCAUCUGCUUUGAGGCCAGGCAGCUGUGUGGGGCACCGGGUGUGGAUUCUGCUGGCGGUGACCCACAUGACCUUGGACUUCUCAGCGUGCAGCCCCCUCAGUCAAGGUCCGGGGAUCAAACUCAUGCCUAAACCGGUGCCUCGCUCGAGACCUCGACUGCAGCCCAUUUGGGACAUGCCUAACAAGAUCCACUGGAGAACAGUGAGCCCUUCGACCCGCAGGAUUUUUAACUCUAUACCUCCACCCCAAGACAAUAAAUCCGGGGUAGGGCCAAAAGUCACCGUCCAAAAGCAUCGGAGGCCCCCGCACAAACCGUGUAAGGAAUGCCGAUGGGUGUUCUCUGAAAAGGAGGCGAGCAAUCCGGGAGUAGCGGAAUAUACAGCUGCUUUUUCCAGAAGAGACAAAGCAAGGUUGCUAAGUCGAGCUAAACGGCAGCUCAAAUGGGAGAGCUUUGACAAGUCUCAGGAGGGCCGGACUACUACGGUGGCCGGAUUUAUAGACUGGGGACCCACAGGGCCGGACGGCAUGGAUGAGAAUAGUAAACCUGAGCCAAAAGUUAACCUGCCCACUAGGGCCUCUACUACCACAGUGACCACAACCGCUAGCACUACUACAAGGCUCUCCCAAAGGACGUUUAAUAUGGUGACUACGCCAGAACCCAAAAGGUUAAGCACCACCAAGGCCACUAACAGCUUUGGGGACACUGUCAAGCCACCAAAGCCAUAUGGGGAUACAUCAGGUUUGGCAGUUCACCAGAUAAUCACUAUCACUGUGUCUCUCAUCAUGGUUAUCGCAGCCUUGAUCACAACACUCGUCCUCAAAAACUGCUGUGCACAGUCAGGAAAUGGCCGCCACAAUAGCCAUCAACGCAAGAUCCACCAGCAGGAAGAAAGCUGCCAAAACCUGACAGAUUUCACCCCAGCCAGGGUUCCUAGCAAGAUGGAUAUCUUCACUGCCUACAAUGACAGUCUGCAGUGCUCUCAUGAGUGCGUUCGGACCGCUGUGCCCAUCUACACCGAUGAGAUGAUCCAGCAGACGCCUGUCUACAAGACUGCUUACAAUGGAAACAGGCCUUCACCCUCUGAAAGACAAUUGAUUCCUGUCGCCUUUGUGUCAGAGAAAUGGUUUGAGAUCUCCUGUUGACAACCUAAAGGCCUUGCUCAACUCCCUCGGGAGAAGGAGAGUUCCUGAAAUCAUGCUUUGAUGUCUGUGGAAGCAUUCGGCUACUUCCAAUCAAUCCACGGACGGCGACGUCACAGACCUCCGUGUUAAUUAUGUUAGCAUAUGUUGGCGCUGCUCCGUGCGAUUUUGUGACGUGUUUAUUAUUUUCGGGCCAUGAUUGAAAAUGGUAGUAUGAACGGGCAUGCAAAAACGACCAGAUAUGAAAAACAUUAAUAGUUUUUUGUGCAUUAAGACCUGCCGUAUGAACCUAGCUAUAGUGUACAUCUCUAGUUCGAACCAAAUCUGAAAUCACACACCUGUUUGCACGUACAAGGCUUCCAUAGCCACAGUCAUUAUAGGAAAUGUUUGGUUUGCAUCACAGUCUGGGAUAGACUUCACUAUCAGUUGACGGGAAACGGAGCGCGAGGCUGCUCCGUAGGGGACCUGUUUUCAAAAACUUAUCAUUCAAAUAUUUACAAAACUAAAGCCGUGAGCGACCUAACACCAAAACAGGCACCUUCCUUAGGCAUAUAUGAGUCUGCAUCCAAAAAUUCAAAGUCUUUCCCUAAUAAAAUCCCAAUUAAUUAUUUUUACAUAACUAUAACAAAACUUAAAAUGGCUUUAAAAAUUCUCAGAUUUUACGCAACAUGCAAGAAAAAAAAAAAAAAAAAAUCACAAAAUGCAGAGUUUUUGCCCGAAAUGGCGACCUAAUUUUUUUUUUCUUUAGUGCAAUUUUGAGUGAAAAGUUUUCAACAGCUAAUAAAUCACUCAAUUUUCACAUCAGGAAAUUUGAUACUUGAGGAAAGCAUGCAGAAUCAUCUUAAUUUUACUCAUCAAAAGGAAAUUUUGCAUUUUUCUAUAUACAAUCACAACUUAUUUAGGUUUACUUCCGAUGUCACUACUGCCUCAGCACGUCUUGCCGGCUAUCUGGCCCUCAUUGUUUUUAGAUUGAAAUGUUACAUAAAACAUGAAAGCCAAAUUUUUCUGGAUGGACACAUAAAUUUAAAAAUUACUAUUUUUUGGCCAUAAAACAAGAAGUUGGCCGAAAAUUCCCUGAUUAUUUGAAUAUAAAGUUACGCUCUUGUGUAUGGAUACCAAAUCUAACAUGGCGGCCAUCACAAAACAAAGAGCUUUUUAAGUUGAAAAUUUUUGUACAUAAAUGAGUAAAUAUCGGAAUUUCUAUAGAUAUGAAAGUAAAACAGUCUAGAUUAUUGGUUAAAAGCAAAAAAACCAAAAACAAAAAAAACGGGCAGUUAACAUUCAUUUGCAUAAAUAUUUCAAGCUAAAGUUACGCUAAUUUUUUCCAUUCAUUAUUAUUUUUUCACACCGUUUCAAAGUGCAUGCAUGGCGCUAUUUUAAAAAAUAAUUACCUUGAAUCUGCGACCAAAUCACUCUUGAGACACUCCUGCCUGCUUGUAUGCACUAAAACUUUCAUCUUGUUUCCACCUUAAUCCUGCAUUAGAAUGCAGCGUGUUUGAGUUUAUCGCAGUGAAACCACCCCCACACUCUGCCUGGCCCGGCCCCCUACGGAAAGCCAUGGCGCAAUGUCUGUAGGAGCUGUCUCGUCAACUGAUGGUGAAGUCUAUGGUCUGCGGUUAGCAGUACGUAGGCUAACAUGAGUCUGGGUUCAGCAUGUAGAAACGAGAAGACUGAAUGCCUCCUUGCCAGUCCAAAUUUCCUGCCAACUCUUGUAAUUGGAUAAAACAAAUCCUUAUGAGCAUGUGAUAGUUUACUAAUGGCUUCUACCCCGCCCACAGUUUUGUCCAAUGAUUAAAUGAUGGGUUGUUGCCAAAUCCUGGGAAAUAAAUUGUAUUUUAGUGCGCACCAAACAAAGUUAACUACAGACUUUCCUGAUGUGAAUACGCCUUAACUCGCCGAACCGAUCGAACCCAGGUUUCGGAGAACUGGUUUAGCCUAAAAACUGCAUAAUCAAUCAAUAGGAAGCAAGAAUAAAUUAUUACACGAAAAUACAAACGAAGUAUCGAUUAAUCAAAUUAGCAGCUGGUAGUGCCUGCCGUUGCGUAAAUGAAAAACAAUAUGUACUAAGUAUGUAUAUCUCAAGAAAUGGUGAAGUUGCUUAAUUUUGAAGGGAGUGUUCUAAAGUACAAUCUUAAUUCACACCUAUCAUGAGGGAACUUGACUCAAGUUGCAUUAUUGCCAUAUAAAUGAAUUGUUUGUACUUUGUAAUUAUGUUUUUAUAUUUGUGUUUAAUAUAUGCGAGUACCUCUGUCAACUUUUGUACAAGAGCUAUGACUAUAGUAUUUAUGAACACGUACAAGCAACACCACACAAAGAACUCUGUCUGCGUGACAGCUUAAAUGUUGUAUAACUUUUCAUUUGUUAGUUUUGUCUACAAAGCGCACCUCCUUCUUUUGUAGGUAUUGGUACACAUUACAAUUUUCAAGUGACUUUGAUCUUGUACUACUAAGCUCUGUAUUUGCAAGCACUGUAAAUGCGAUUCUUCAUUGGAUUCGUCCUCUGUACAUUUAGUACUCUGAUGUUGCUCUUAAUAAAAUGGAAAACAACAUGA